AUGGGCCCCAGGAACCUCCACGGCGGCCUCGCGGCCUUUGCGGCCGCCCACAACGCCAGCUGGCAGCGGGAGCUGCGGCGGCACCUGGAGUUCCACCUGCGGCGCUACGACGGCGACGCCUCGCUGGCGCCCCUGCGGGAGGCCUGGCGCGCCAACCGCGAGCGGAAUCCGAAGACCCCAGUGUGGUGGACCCCGCUGCCGAGCUGCCGCAGCGAGUACGGGACCGCAAGCGAGGACACCGACUGCUCGGCAGACAGGGACCUCAGCGCGGAACUCGCGGGGGGGUCCUUUGUGGCGCUGUCCGUUCUGCGCGUCAAGAUGUCGGAAUACGUCGCCCUCACGGCGCACAUCGAGAUGCUGGACAUCCUCGAAGGCAGCCGCAGCUGGAAGACGUCGCUGAUGACGGCGACGGGGCUGUCGGAGGCGCUUCCAGACGCCCUGAAGAAGCGCCAGCAGGCUAUGUUCGAGAAGAUGGCGACCGAUUCCCGUGUCCCCGCCACCACCCCCGACGCCCCCACCGAGCCCCUGGGCCCCGCUGGCGUUGGCUACUCGUGCCUGGUGGUUGCCCUCAUGUGCAGCGUGGCUCUCCUGCUCGUCCUGCGCCACCGGCCGUGCAGAACAAAACAAAGCAUUGAUCUCUGGGCGCAGUCGGCUUCGGCGACCCUGAGGCCGAUGCGCCUGAAGCGGGGGCGCUGCUUAUUGGGCACACGAUCUCCCGCCUUCACCAGUUUCGCCGAGCUUGGGUGCGGUUUGAAACGCUGA